AUGCCUCCAUUUCACAUGUUACUUUGUCCUCGUUUUAGUAAGGGCCUGUGCCAACAAUUGGUAUCAGAGCGGUUUAAAAAGAGGGCUGGUUUGAGAGUCGACUUUCGAAGGAGAGGAGCCUUCGGGUGCAAGGCUGUCAUCACAGCGGAAUCAGGGUGUUUGGCAACGGUUUCUCGGUCGAACAUUCCAGUUGAUACAGAUGACAGAAAAUUGGUCGUUGUGUGCAGCAGACGCGUGAAUAGGGUCAAGACUGCAAAGGUGAAAUCUCCAUCCUUGAUCAGAAUGUUCCAGAAGAAGCAUGAGCUUGGUUUUCGUAAAUGGUGGAAGAGGACUCUAGAUAGGAACGGGUUAGAUCGGAAAAGGUUGGGACUAUCACAAACAAGACAAGGUGAUGAUUCCGGCGGUAGGUUGCUCUCGUGUCACAGAAGUGUUAGGUGGAAACGGAUUCUGUGUGGUGACAAACAACAGCCGGGUAUGGAGGACUUUGGACGUGACCGAGGUGAAGGUCGGGUGUCCGGGAAAAGUCGGGAUCGGGUAUGGAAGACUUUGGACGUGGCGGAGGUGAAAGUCGGGUGUCCGGGAAAGGUCUUGAAUCGAGAUGAAAGGAGGGUGAUUAAAGGCAGCUGUGAACAAAUGGUGUGA